AUGCCAAAUCCACUCUCGCCCCUCUCAUCUUCCUACCAGAAUGCGCGCGCACAAUCUCAAAUGGCGAAUUCUUCGCCCUUUCUUCACAAGACCCUUGACCAACCCUCAGAACAUGUUGCCCCUUCAAGUCCAUUGAAAAAAGGAUGGACAGGCCACGCGGCGCCGAGUCCGAAUACCUAUGAUGAAAACGAAGCCCACUACCCUAACGAACCCGAGAACGAGUAUGAACACGAGAAUGACGAUUUCAAUGAUGCCGAGUCAUAUCAACCCGGCGCCAGCUCACCGUUCCAGUUUGAUGGUCGCGAAGAUACCGUGGAUUUCCAGAAGCUGCGCGAAAUGCGACAGACCUCGUCCCAGUCACACCCACAACUUGAACCGCUAGAGGAGGAGAGCCCUAUGAGCUCUCCAUUCCGUCCACAUGCAAUGGAAGAUACAGUUGAUUUUCGAGGGUUGCGUGAAGUGCAGCCCAUGUCACCUGGCUUGGACAAGCGGCUGGAUCUAGGGGAGCCAAUAAGCUCUCCCUUCCGUCCUAACGCCAGUGAAGAUACAGUGGAUUUCCAAAAUAUGCAUAGAGAGCAACAGUCGUCUCCCCUACCAUGCCCACAACUUGAGCCGCUGCAGGAGGAGAGCCCCGGAAGUUCGCCGUUCCGACCUCAUGUCCGAGAAGAGACAGUGGAUUUUCAAAAACUGCGCGAGGUCCAGCCCAUGUCUCCUGGAUUGGGACGGCGGCUAGCUCUAGAGGAUCCAGAAAGCUCCCCGUUUCGCCCUGAUGCGCGGGACGAGACGGUUGACUUCGAUCGCUUGCGCGAAAUGCAGAAUGACUCGCCAAUUCCUAAAUCGCGGCCAUUGCCCGAUCCCGCUAGUUCACCUUUCCGCCAUGAGGCAAGAAACAUAACAGCCGAUCCAUCGGAACAAGAUGAUAUGCAACAAGAUCCGUCAAUGGUGUCUAAGUAUCCUUCGCCUAUUGUGGCACCGAACUCGCCCAUCGGCCCUGAAAUACUAGAGACGCCGGCUGAUUCACCGAAGCUGCGCGAGUUGAAACAAGACUCACCGGUGGCGUCUAAGCGUUCAUCAUUUGCUGCGGAAUCGAACUUGCCCGUCUGUGCCGAAGCAGCAGAGACAGUUGAUUCUCCCAAGGUACAUGCACAUGUAAAGUCACCGGUAGCAUCCAACUCCUCUUCCCCUAUUCCAGGACCUACUUCAUCCUUCCGACCGAGUCCCAAGGAAAGCACCAUCGAUCUUCAUGAGUCGCGCCAGAUUUCUCGUGCAUCACUUGGGGUGAGUGACCAGCGCUCAGUUGCAGCAACUCCCCGCAAAAGAUCUUAUGACCAAACACCCCAGGAUCUGGAGGACGAUUUACAGAUGAAUGAGCGCCAUAAGAAGGGUAUGGUGAGUCGGCCAGAUGCACCAGCGAUUCACAUCAAUGCCGAAGAGGAGCCGAGUGUACUCCAUGACCAGAGCGUCCUCUCCACUACAAGUGCCGUCCACGACCGAUCAGCAAUUGGCAACAGCAUGAUAGAGGACAGACGCAAUGAAGGAAUGAGCACAGUACUCCAUGAAGAUGGCGACAAAGAGAAUAUCUCACAUGAGAAUUCGAUGGUCGACGACUCAAUGGAUGACACUUGCUUGAGCACAUUCUCCGCCAUGCCUGACAUGACUACAUUUGCAAAGCUUCGCGCCCAGUCGCCGAUGAAGUCAAUGCGAGACAGUGUCGCCCCUAGCCCAGCUCCCACUAGGGACGGGCAUCGACACAGUGUUGAUCCAACCACCCCGGGAACCGGUCGCAGGGCAUACAGGGCGAGUGCCUAUCUAGAUGGAAAUUCGCCAAUGGGAUCGCCUACACCGAGACCCAGAGGCCCUCGGGACAUGGCUCAUCCAGUUGACUCUACCAAUCUUCUUGAUUUCUCCGAUCAAAUGAAUUUCUUCCCUCGUCAAUCUAUGCCAAGUACUCGCUUCUCCCCCUCGCGGCGUUCGCCUAUGCGAUCUGCCCGGCAAUCCAUUCGAUCUCCCGGGAAGAUGUCGUCCCUGCUGGACUUUGAUAUUCCGGCUGCACCUACACCUCGAUCCAUUCCCACAGUCACUCCCCCUGGCAAAGAGGCCGAGGUUGCCAGCCUAAAGCAAGCAGUAGCAGACGCGGAGAGACGAGUCGGUGAAGCGCUGGAAGAAGUACGCAACGAAGCCGCCGGCAAAGAGGUGCUGGAGAUGGAACAGGCCGAGUGGGAACGUCGAGUUAAUGAGAUGGAAACUGUUCUGCGGUCUGCCCGCUCCGAACUAGUGGAGGGAGAGCGUGAGCGUGACCGUCUGUCCCGAAAGGCAGAAGAGGCCGAGAAAAACAAGGAGACUUUAGAAGGCAAAGUUGUCGAGCUCGAAAGUCAGCUUUCCGCUGCACGUGCUGCGGCUGUGUCUAGCACUAGUAAGGCUAGCUCAUCUCACAAGUCUUCCAACUCGGCUGAGGAUACUGCUCGCGAAGUUCAGGAUGCCGUGGAAAAGGUCGCUCGUGAGCUUCAUGUGCUCUACAAGGGCAAGCACGAAACUAAGGUUGCGGCCUUGAAAAAGAGCUACGAGUCUCGCUGGGAGAAACGUUUGCGUGAGGCAGAGAAGAAACUCACUGCUGCACGCGAGGAGAAUGAACAUCUCCGUGUCGAACGUGAUACUGCGCAAUCCGAUUCAAUGGGCGCGGCUAACAACAGUUACUUCGCUCGCGAGAAUGACGAGCACGAGGCCGAGAAGCGUGCCAUGGAGGCCCAGAUCAAGGGUCUGCAGCGAGAAAUGGCUGCUCUGAAGGACGAUACCGAACGAAUUCGUGCAAAUCUGGAAUCCGAACGUGCCGAGAAGGGCGAGCUUGUUGCUGCUGUUGACGAGUGGCUAGCCAUGCAGCAGGCGCCCGUCCCAUCUCAACCUCGAGACCGCGAGCCCUCUGUGGCAUCUUCUGUGCACAAUGACCACGUUGACGAACCAGCUCGACCAUCUCGCGAAGUCACCCCCGACGACUUCCGUCUCAGUGUCAGUCGUUCUGUGUCUGGAAGCAUCCGUCCCCCUGCCACUACGGAAAAGAGGAUCCCUAGAUUCGGUGCUCCCGGCGGUCAUUCUCGUGGUAAUAGCGGUGGCAGAUCUGGCAUUGCAAUGCCUACUCCCGGCCGAGGCGGGAUUAUGAGUUCAAUUGAGAGGAUGGGCCGUGGUGGUGUUUAG